AUGAGUAAUCCCGCCUCGACUUCGCAAACCCCGCCGAUUGCCGCUUCCUCGUCUGCGACCGCGAACAGCUCCUCUACAGGAUCGUCCGCCACCGUGGCCGCCGGUUCGGCUCAACCCACUGCCCGCAGCUCGUACGCCAACGCGACCAAACCCACGAUCGUGUCUAGCGCAGCGCCGCCCGUGGCAGUGGGAGGACCGCAGAGCGCGCAGCAUGGCAAGAGCUCCUCUGUCUCCCCGGUGAAUGGCAACGGCGCCCUCAAGCCUGCUAUUCCCGUCAUGCCCACCAUCGUCAGCGGUGGUCCCAACGGCAGCGCCCACGAGCGCAAGUCGUCUGUCCAGAUCAAGCAGACCCCGCCUGUUGCGACUGCAGGCGGCCCGCCCUCUGGUAUCAAGUUCGGCUCGCUUGCUGGCUCACCAGCGCCUGCCCACGCCUCGCCCGUAGUCCAGGGAAACCUGAACCCGGCGCAGGUGCAGAACCCGCGCGUUGCCUCGCCCGCUCAUUCACCAUCGCCCAUUCCUACGCCCAUUUCGGGAGGUCCCAAGCCCGACGGACUGCCCACUAGACCAAACAUUGUGUUCGGUGGCCAGGGCGGUGAAAGCACUGAGCCUAACGCACGCCCUGCUAUGCCCCCUCAACCAAACUCACACACGAUGCCUCAACACAUGCGUCGCGAAUCCUCCCAGUCUGCGCACAGCGACAUGAGCAACGCAAACAUGGGCCGCGGCGGCUCGUACUCCAACCGAGGCGGCCGUGGUGGAUUCCCUCCUCAAGGUCAAUACAACCCGCACAUGGCCAACCAUUCGCCACAGCCGUUCCGCCCGAUGCCUCAGAUGGGCCGCGGCCAGGCUGCGCCAUUCCACCCUCCUGGCCCGCAGCGCUCUCCUUACACGCAGAACCAGCAUGCCAUAUUACCCGCAACAACAGUACCCUCAACAGGCAAGUACAUCCUCUACUAUUUCAGCUACUCCCUCAGUUUCUUCAUCUCGCAGAUCGGUUUUAUCGACUGGUUCGCGAGUUUCCCACAGUUCUCCCAUGCCAUCUACGGUGGCAUGCCCCAGCCCAACUUAGACCCGUACAACAACUUCUACCCGCAGAGCUACGGACUUCAGCAGUCCAUCCACUACCCAGGUGUCCCCGCUAGCCCAGGUCGUGGAUUCCCUCCUCAGAUGCAACCGUCUCCCUACGGUGUUGCCCCCUACGGUCAUCAGCCACAGGCUCAGAGCAUGUCGCGCACUCCCUCCAACAUGUCGGAGCGCCCGUCAUCUGCUGUUCCUCAGCCUUCCACACCUGCGAUGACCAACGUCAACCACAUUUCGCACACACACACUCCUAGCAUGACGGCGGCAAGCCCCGCACCUAGCUCCACCUUUGAGCGUCCGAAGAGGCAAAGCAAGGCCAUCCAGAUCAAGACUGUUGAUGGUGAAGUUGUCGACUUCAAGCCCAAGGGCGCCUCGCCUGCCCCGCCUGCUGUAGCAUCCGCUGCACCUGCUGCGCCUCGCUCUCCCGCUAUUGCUGCCACUCCCACCCCUCCGCGCGCACCGAGCGCCACCGACUCUACUCGUGCUGAAGAUACCGCUUCCAAGAAGGCCGAGUUUGUCAAGCAGUUCCAGGAGAAGCUCCGCCUACAAGAGGAAGCCGAGAAGAAGGCCAAGGAAGCUACAGAGGAAGAGGCCAAGGCCGAAGCCAAUGCAAAGCUUGCUGCUAAGGAAGAGGCCGACGCCAAAGCUGCUCUUGAAGCCAAGGAGAAGGAGGAUGCCGAAGCUGCCAAGAAGGCCGAGACUGACGAGGCUGAGAAGAAGCGCCUCGAAGACGAAGAGAUGGAGCGCAUGAUUGCUGAGAUGGAGGCAGAAGAGAAGAAGCGCGAAGAAGAUGAGAAGCGCUACGCCGAGGAGAAGGCAAAGAAGGCCGAGGCUGAGAAGGCCAACGCUGCCGAGAAGGUCAAGCAGGAAGAGGAGCGUCUGCGCAAGCUAGAGCGCGAAGCCGAAGAGGCUGAAGCCGCUCGCGCAGCAGAGACUCCUGAGCAAAAGGCCGAGCGCGAAGCCAAGGACAAGGCUCUCUUCGCAAGCUUGAAGAAGAACACCAUGUUCGGUCCUGGUGCCUCUCAGACUGAGGAAGAGGCGGCUCCCGCUGAGUCCUCAGCUCCUAUUGCCGCACCUGCACCCUCCAAGACCCCCACUGGCUCCAAGCCCAAGCCAGCUGCUCUCAAGCUCGAGACGAACAAGUCUGUCGAGCCCGCACAGCCGACUGCUGGUAUGCAGGCACUCAAGACUGCACGUUUCCUCGAAGUCCGUGCUGAGGUCAUGUAUCCUCAAGGCGUAGCCAGCCCCAACCCAGCUCUUAACAACAGCAACCGGAGCAAGGGCCGCCAGUACGACAAGGACUUCCUCUUGCAGUUCCAGGAUGUCUUCAAGGAGAAGCCAUCUGUUGACUGGGACAUGAAGCUCAAGGAGACAGUCGGUGACGAGCCCCAAUCUGCUCGCGGUCCUCCAUCUGCUCGUCCCGGCUCUAUGCAUCUGGGCGCCGGUGGACGUCAAGGCUCUCGCCCUGGCGGUGGCGGUGGCGGUGGAAUGGGUACAUUUGGGCAAGGUGGUGGAUUCCAGCCAGGAGGCCGCACACUCCCGCCAGGUACGACAUCCGAACAGCGUUUCCAGCAAGCCCAAGGCGGACGCGGUGGCUCUAUGACGAACCCUCUUGCUCAUGUCGUUCUAGGUGGAGGUCGUGGUGGAUUUCCUAUGGGCGGGCAGUCGAUGUCAGGACGUCAAAACUCCUACCAGAGCGCCGACCGCAGGCUACCAGAUUCACCUCGCGUUGGCAGCUCACGCGGUAGGGGCGGCCAAAACAGCCAUAAGGGUGGCCGUGGCGGCAAUGCUCAAGAUGCCAAGCAAAUGCCCUUGACUGCCGGCCAGGAAGUCAAGGCACUCCAACGCUCGCAGACUGGUUGGGUACCUACGUCGCUCACUCAGCCCGCUGCUGUCCAGGCUCAGAUGAGCGCAGGCCACUUGGCUCCCGAUAUGGUACAGCGUAAGGUCAAGGCCGCUCUCAACAAGAUGACACCCGACAAGUUCGACAAGAUUUCCGAUCAAAUCCUCGAGAUCGCUGGACAGUCAAAGGAUGAGACUGAUGGACGCACUCUUCGCCAGGUCAUUCAGCUCACCUUUGAGAAGGCUUGUGACGAGUCUCAUUGGUCGUCCAUGUAUGCCAAGUUCUGUAGCCGCAUGUUGCAGACCAUGAGCACCGAGAUCAAGGAUGAGAAUGUCCGCGACAAGCACGGUGCGCCAGUUGUCGGUGGUGCUCUCUUCCGUAAGUACCUCCUCAACCGCUGUCAAGAGGAGUUCGAGCGUGGUUGGGAAGUCAACCUGCCCGAAGCGCCUGAAGGCGAAAAGGAGGCGAAGCUUCUGUCAGACGAGUACUACGUUGCCGCUGCAGCCAAGCGUAAGGGUCUCGGUCUGAUCCAGUUCAUCGGAGAGCUAUACAAGUUGGGCAUGUUGACUCUGCGCAUCAUGCACGAGUGUGUGCUCAAGCUUCUCGACUUUGAGGGUCUCCCCGAUGAGGCUGCUAUUGAGAGCUUGGUCAAGCUGCUACGCACUGUGGGUGCCACGAUGGAAUCCGCCGAAGCCGGCCCCAAGAUGAUCAACAUGUACUUCGAGCGCAUCGAGAAGGUCAUGAACAUGGAGGGUCUUCCUUCGCGUAUGCACUUCAUGUUGCUUGACACCGUCGACAUGCGCAAGUCCGGCUGGAAGUCCAAGGACAUCCUCAAGGGUCCCAAGACCAUCGCCGAGAUUCAUCAGGAAGCCAUGGCAGCCCAACAGGCCGCCGAGAUGGAGCGCACACGAUCAAACCAACGUGGUGGUGGUGGCCGUCUUCCCAUGGGUCGCGGCGACGCUCGCUCGUUCUCAGGUGGUGGCAUGCAGCCUCCUCCAGACACUGGCAGCCGUGUCCAAAUGGACGAUCUCCGCAAGCUGUCCAAGGGUGCUUCUGGACGCAACCUAAACAACGCUGGAGCUCUCGGCCCGUCCAUGCUUGGUAACCGCGCCGGUAGCCGCCGUGGUAUCGGUCCCGGCAUGGCUAGCCGUGAAGACUCCAACGCCUCUUCGCGCAAUGGCACACCACCUGUCCAGAAGGAGAAGGAGGCCACUGCUCAUGCAAACGCUUUCAGUGCACUUGCUGCUCUUAGCAACGAAGACGCCGGCGAGGCUGGCUCUACAUCCAACGCUCCAGAUGAGUCUGCUGCCGACGCGGAGGCCAAGCCUUCCGAGUGA